AUGUAUACCAGGCAGGCCCUCUUCUUGUACCUGUCUUUACUCCCUUCCUUUGUGACUCCCUUAACACCUUGGGAUGAAUGGUCGCAUGGUCGUGUCACACUAGAAGAUGUAUCUAUCCACUUCCGAUACUCCGGCUCUGGCCCGCCCCUCCUGCUUGUACACGGCAACCCCCAGUAUUCCCUGACUUGGCAGAUUAUCGGCCUUAUCCUCGCAGAAAAUUACACAGUGAUCGCUCCAGACAACCGCGGCGCCGGCGACUCUUCUAUACCGCCAGACGGCAAUUACACGGCCGCCGCCACGGCCGAGGACCUGAAGGGCGUCCUCGACUUCCUGCGCAUCAACCAGACGUAUGUUUUCAGCCACGACAAGGGUGUCGGGUUCGCGACGGCCCUGGCACUCAAGCACCCGGGUGCCGUCAGGAUGCUCGGGCUGAGUGAGUAUGCCCUGCCUGGGUUCGGGUACGAGGAGGCGGCCGUGCCGGCGCCGUUCUUCGACCUCUACGCCAACCCGCAGCUGGCGUUCUUCCAGAUCCCGGACUUUGCCGAGUUUCUCAUCUCGGGGAAGGAGAAGCAGUUCAUCAGCUGGUAUUUCUUUCACGGCUCCUACAGCGGCGUCACGUCCUUCUCCGAGGACACCGUCAACCGCUACACCAGCUCGAUAUCGAAGCCGGGCUUCCUGAGGGCUAUGAUUGGACCCUUCUCGGCGGCGACCAUAGCCGACGAUCGAAGCUUCUUCCGGGGUCUGCUGACGGGUGGAAAGCUUGCGAUGCCAGUGUUGGCCUUGGGGGGCGAAGCAAGCUUCGGCAUCCCGAGCGUCCUCCAGAGCUUACUGGGGAAUCUGAGCGACGACACAGAGAUCGAUGUCGUACCGAAGGCCGGACACUGGAUAGCUGAUGAGAAUCCUGCUUGGGUGGCUAAGCGCGUUGGUAGAUGGUUGUUGACUGACGUCUCUCCUUUAGAUAGCAUUGAUCUCUCUUGGUUGUCGGAUUUGGUGACAAUCAAAGUUGGAUACUUCGGUACAUAUAGGAAUGCAGCACUAGGAGGAUUUUUAUCGUAG